AUGAAUUAUUACAUAUUUAAGAAAAUGAAGAAUAAAUAUAUUUUUUCUAAAAUUUUUAUAUUAAUAGCUUUAACAUGGAAUUAUAAAUUACAUGAUCUGUAUACAAUUGGUGAAACAUGCAAUGAAACAAUAUACGUAAAUGGAACAUUUGGAAUAAGAAAUAAGAGACUACUGACAGAUCAAAAAAUUGGUGAAGGAUUAAAAAAUCCACGAUUGGAUGAAAACAGUUGGGAUAAAAGCGGGAAAAAAAAAUUAAAAAAUGUAUCAGAACCUUAUUCAACGAUGAAGGAACUAAAACUACAAAAACAUAGAAGAAAUGGGGCCGAAAAGAAUUACGCAAAAAAUAAAUCACCUUUAAAACUAUUGUUUAAAAAAUCAAAUCUAAAUUGUAAAGAAAAAGUCAUUGCAGCCUAUAAUUACAUAAGAAAUUUUAAACAACAUAUAGACUGGGAUAAACAUAGAAUAAGAACAAAACAAUUUUUACGAAGUAUUGAAUUAUUUAUUUCUGUUCUUUCCUUAGUUUCGUUUGAUAAAUUUUUAUUUGUAAUUUGA